CAUAUAUUAACUAACUACAUAUCCAUUGAUCCCAGGAGAAAAAGAAGAAAUAUAUUGAGAGAUGGAAAAAAGCAAAGUGUUGAUAGUGGGAGGAACAGGAUACCUUGGAAAGAGAUUGGUGAAAUCUAGUUUAGCAAAUGGACAUGAUACAUACAUUUUACAACGUCCACAAAUAGGAGUUGAUAUUGAAAAAGUUGAAAUGUUUAUUUCUUUUAAGAUGCAGGGAGCUCACCUUGUAACUGCUUCUUUCAACGAUCAUCGAAGCCUCGUGGAUGCAGUUAAACUCGUGGACGUUGUAAUCUGUGCCAUCUCCGGUGUCCAUAUUCGUAGCCAUCAUAUCUUGCUUCAACUCAAGCUUGUGGAUGCCAUCAAAGAAGCUGGAAAUAUCAAGAGAUUUUUUCCAUCUGAAUUUGGAACGGAUCCAGCAAGAAUGGAAAAUGCAAUGGAGCCAGGUAGAGUUACAUUUGAUGAUAAAAUGGUGGUGAGGAAAGCAAUUGAAGAAGCUGGCAUUCCUUUCACUUAUGUCUCUGCUAAUUGCUUUGCUGGUUACUUUCUUGGUGGCCUUUGUCAAAUUGGUCAUAUCCUUCCUUCAACAGACUCUGUUGUCUUGCUUGGAGAUGGCAAUCAGAAAGCAAUUUAUGUUAACGAAGAUGAUAUCGCAACAUAUACCAUCAAGGCCAUAGAUGAUCCAAGGACACUCAAUAAAACACUUUACCUUAGGCCUCCUAAAAACAUACUUUCUCAAAGAGAGGUGGUUCAAAUAUGGGAAAAGCUCAUAGGCAAAGAGCUUAAAAAAUCAACUCUUUCCAAAGAAGAAUUUUUGGCUCCCAUGAAGGAGCUUGAGUAUGCAGAACAAGUUGGCUUGUGUCACUAUUAUCACGUAUGCUAUGAAGGAUGCCUCGCAAAUUUUGAAAUAGGAGAAGACGGAGAAGAAGCAUCAAUACUCUAUCCAGAGGUUAAGUACACUACCGCGGAACAAUACAUGAAGCGUUAUUUAUAACUCUAAUUAAUAAGCAAGCACGAUAUGUAUAUGCGUCUUGUAAUUCUUAACUUCGGCUUUGUAAUAAACUUAUUUGAUUAUUCUCUAAUAAUUGUAUAUAUAAGUUGCAUCUG